AUGGCUAACGCGCUGGCAAAAGAGAGCAAGAAGGCCGGCUUGGAAAUCAACUUCGCGAAAACGUUCAUCAUGGCUAAUCGAGCCCAAAGAAAUGUCGAGAUUGAUGGGAAAAUAAUCGCCUACACGGAUGGGUUCAUCUACCUCGGUACCCAUCUCCACUUCGCUGAUGGCUCGAAAACCGAAAUCCAACGCCGAAUUCGUUCUGCAUGGAGCGUCUUCCACAAGUUCAAAACGUACUUAACACGAAGAAACGUUUCCAAUAUACACAAAGCCAAGAUAUACAACAUGUGUAUUGAACCAGCUUUUCUCUAUGGUUCGGAAACUUGGACUCUGAAGAAGAAAGAAAGGAAUCUUCUGGCAACGGCACAGCGGAAAAUGAUGCGAUGGAUGCUCGGAGUAACAUUGCUCGACAGAAGAAGAAACUCCUGGCUCUAUGAAAAGUUGAAGCUACGCGAAGUUCGGUCGGAAGCUGUGAAGAAAAAAUGGCUUUUCGCAAAGAAGAUCGCUACGGGAGAAGACACAUGGGCGAAGAAAAUCGUGGAAUGGCGACCAUGGGAGAAAACGCGUGGAGUUGGACGACCCAAACCCCGUUGGCGAGAUGACCUACGAGCAGUUCUCGGUGAAAGAUGGGCGACAGUUGCGCGAACCAACAAACAUCUCUUCAAAUAUUCCAUGAUUCAGCAGAUACAAGAUUACUCUGAGGACUGA